CAUGUCCUGCUGACAUCUUUCCGAUUGCUCUACGGCCCCAGCGUAUUGUUGAUCACAUAGUAACACAAAAUAGUGUUUAUUCUUUAGAGAACUUCAUACAAACUUGUAAAUACCUGCAAACAACGGUCGAUCUAGGGACCAAGUGAAUUGGAUUUAAUUGUUGGAGUUCGAGAUUGGUUUUUUCAUUUCAACACAAUUCAGUGGAUGAAUCGAAUUGGCACAGUGACCUGAUUGGUUGUAUUGUAAGACUGUAGCAGUGAUGGCUUAUAAACCUCGAGUAGCUCUUGGAGCCAGUACAACCCUAAUCAUUUGCAGUUUGAUUCUCAUGGGUCUUUUUGUAGUGUGUGCUACUGGCAACUGCAUCGCUGGUGAAGUAGCGUUUGGAUCACCACUAUGGACUGGUGGUCUGGCUUUGUUAACUGGAAUAAUCGGAGUGUAUAUGUCAGCAACGAAGUCAGAGAAUAGAUGUGGGCCGUUAUUCUUAGCUUUGAGCAUCAUUUGCAUAUUCAUCUCCAUUGCAUGUAUUGGUUUGUCACUAUACGCUUCAAUAAACGAACUCAUCAUCUGGAACUUUUUCUUUUGGUUGACCAUGGCGACUAUGGCUUUGACUUUGAGUAUCGUGUCCUGUGUGACGUCAUGUCAAUAUUGUUGCUGUUGCCAGGAAACACGACCAAUACAGCAGACUGUUGUUUACCAUGGUGGACAUCAAGUUCCUCAAAACAUCGUUUUAACAAACACCAACACCAUCCAGCACCCCCAGCAACAAGGUCAGCCCCAAAUGGUAUUCCUUAACCCUUACGGCGCACCCCAGGGAGGGCAAUUUGUACCACAGGGUUAUUCUGCACCACAAGUACUGAACCAGCCACUAGGUGGCGCCCCAGGUUGUCAACUUUGGUAUCCACCAACCCCAGUAGAUGUACAUGUACGUCCAUUUGUAGCCCCGGUCCAGCCACACCCCUCAGCACCACCUCCUCCCCAUCAAGAACAAACACCAGUCGCCAACCAGAUUAGACCAGUUACAACCGCUCCAGACCAGUCACAGGCAGUUCAACUCUCCACAACAGAAAACAACCAAUGGACCGCUCCCCAAAGUCAGCCGACUCCAUUGACACAAGCUCAGCAAGGCGUUGGUAGCCCUUCGUCUCAGCAAUCAGACACACCGUCUUCGAAGCCAGUUGCCAACCAGAUUAGACCUGUUACAGCCGAUCCAAACCAGUCACAGGCAGCUCAACCCUCCACAACUCCUCCCGCACAACCUCCGAACGUUUAUCAGGAAUUGAUAAAAGAAGAAAACACCCAAAAGAGGUCUCCCGAAGUGCCUGAUGAUGGGAGUUACGUGGAUCCUAUUAAGGCGUCUUCAAGUCCGCCGGAAAACUCGGCAUCUCGAAUCGAUUCUGGAGCUUACGCGUGUAUAGAAGAGCCGUCUUAUAAUUACGCCGAUCCUGGGCUGGCGCGGGAGUUUGUGUCGCCCGCAGAGCGAUCCGAGUACGUCAAUGACAGUGUCGCCAAGCGACCAGAGGCAAAAAGGCCCAAGUAAUAAACUAAUCCGAGCUCGCAAAAAUAUAAUUCUGCC